AUGGAAGAACGAAUGGACAUUGAUGCAACUGACAAAGAUAAUGAAUUGGCUGCAACUGAGUAUAUUGAUGAUAUUUACAAGUUUUACAAACUCGGUGAAGAUGACUGUCCUGUACAUGAUUACAUGGUUUCACAGUCGGAUAUAAAUGCUAAGAUGAGGGCGAUUCUUAUUGAUUGGUUGAUUGAAGUUCAUCGAAAAUUCGAACUCAUGCUAGAAACUUUCUAUCUGAGUCUUAACAUAGUGGACCGAUUCUUGUCCAUGAAGGCUGUUCCUAGAAAGGAAUUUCAGCUUGUUGGCAUAAGCUCAAUGCUUAUUGCAUCUAAAUAUGAAGAGAUAUGGGCACCAGAGGUUACAGAUUUUGUAUGAAUAUCAGGCAUUGCUUAUGUUAGAAAACCGGUUUUGGUUAUGGAGAAAACAAUCCUGGGAAACCAAGAAUGUCGAUAAUGGUGGCAGGUGCAAUCGGUGUUUGUAUACCACUUCUUAGCAAAG